UGUAAAUCCAUGGUUUCACGAAAUUCCGAAGACGUUCAAAGGCCAUUGAUUGACCAAUCUAGUUCAGAAUUUCAUUCUAGUCACGAUAUUCCUAGGGAAGUUGCUCCUCAACACGCUCAACACGGUAAAAUUCCAACUCCAACUGGCCCAACUAAAUUUAACAUGGCUUUCGUUUCUUUUCUAUUCGCGAGCGCCGGUACUUUACUUUUUGCUAGUACUGUCUGGUACAUAACCUUUACUGCCAAGUAUGAAUUUUUCAUUUGGCAUCCGACUUUAAUGGCUUUAACCCUUUUAAUGGCAACUUUCG